AUGAUACUAGUACUACUUACUUUACUUACUCGUUGCUUAUAUAUAUUGCGAUAUGUUGGAGCAGAUCCACCACGUCAACUACCGCAUUCGAAUGCAUAUGCAAAGUAUGUUGCUGAGUGCAACCUAUUCAAAGAUGAAGUAGCAUUUGUGGGCUAUAAAGUAAAUGGAGAUGGACUCACAAUGAAUGAAGAGAAAACGAAACCGAUUGUGGAGCUUCCGAUGCCAGAGAAUGUUAAACAACUACGAAGGUUUCUGGGAAUGAUGUCCUUUUAUCAGAGAUUCAUCAAAGGACAAACCAAAUGUUGUUCCAUCUUUUUUAGUACUAUUUCCAAAUGUCUCUUGUGGUCUUCCUCAUUCUUCGAGAAAACCAAUAUGUCAUCGAUAUAA